CUCGCGAGGUGGCGAUCAAGAUUGUGUGAGUUCGACAUUCAAUUACAACAUGUUGCGGGAAAGGACAACGGUCUGGCGGAUUGGUUGAGCCGACUGCCGGAAGAUCAUGACGUGACAGCGGGGGAAAUUUCGGUCCCUAUUGUUCUUUGUGUAGGGGAAGCGCCGCCUGCGUUGUCCAUUGCGUUACUAAAGGCUCAGUCACCUCCCGACUUUGUGAGAGGGAAAUUGACGUGUGUCGAUGGCUUCUGGCUGCACGCAUUGACAAGGCGUCUGUACAUCCCGGACAAAUUGCGGUCAGUUUUCCUGCGGAUGUUGCACGGAGCGCCUGCUACCGGUCAUGCAGGGUACAAUCGUUGCUUGGCACGCGCCUGUAGAUAUGUCUGGUGGCCUACCUUAGAGGAAGAUCUGAAGCGACAUAUUGAUCGAUGCAGGCU